AUGAUAAAAAUGUACCUCGCAUUUAAUCUUACACAUUAUUAGAUAUAUUUUAUACACAAAAAAUGUUUAAGCACAAACAAAAUAGAUUUUGGUUAAUAAUUAUAAAAAAAUGACAUAUAAGACAGAUUAAGAUUUUAGGAGAAAGAACUUUGA